AUGACUACGGAUCGUUCAUGGUUACAAGCAGCUUUUCGGGUUGGGGAUAUAGUAUCUAUCAUCGAAAAAGUGCCUUCUGCUACCAGGGAAGAUAGAUCGUGGUGGAAAGCAAAAUUGACAAUUUCUAAAGACGAAGCUUGCAAGGCUGGAUUUGGCAAAAAUUUUGAGGUGGGACUGUUUCCUAGUGAAUGCGUCAAAAUAUUCGACAGUAAACCAGAAUCACUUACCAUCGACAGACAACUCUCAGAAAAUGUUACUAUUAAAACAGUUGAGACUAAUAUUCGUGGAGAGCCAAUUUCGACCUUGAAAAAAUCGUCAGAUUGGCAUCGGCCUCGAAGGGAUCGUUCUUUAGUGAAAUCUUUAUUACGACGACACGUGGAGCAACAAGUUCCUCCUGUAUUUGGAAUUGAUUUGGUUGAAUAUCUGCAGAAAACCGGUGAUGAUGUACCACAGAUACUGAAAAAAUGUGUGGAAGUAAUUGAAUUACAUGGAAUUGUCACGGGUGUUUAUCGUCAGUGUGGAAUACAAUCGAAUAUACAAAAACUUAGGAAUGGUUUCGAUUCAGGACAUUUGCCGGAUUUAUCUGAUGACACUAUUUUAAAAGAUAUUCAUUCAGUUUCAUCACUUUUAAAGCAGUACUUUCGUCAAUUACCUAAUCCACUUUUCACAUUCGAACUCUAUCCUGAUUUUAUUAGCGCAUACGAAACCACCGAUGAAAAACAAGUGGAACGAUUUAAAGAUAUCAUCGGAAGAUUACCUUGUGAGCAUUACAGGACGGCAAAAUAUUUGAUUCGUCAUUUAUCUAAAUUAUGUCAGUGUACGCAUCUUACGGAUAUGAACUCCAAGAAUCUUGCGAUUGUUUGGGCUCCGAAUUUGUUCAGAUGCCCACCAUGUAUCGAUGAUGGUACUGGCAGCAAUGGUGGCAGUGACUCCUCACUUUUACAAGGUCUCAAUGCACAAACGGGUCUUUGUAAUUAUAUACUUGUUCACGCAGUUUACUUAUUUGCGCUAGAAAAAGAUUCUCUCUCACUUCCAAGAGGUCCGUAUUCAUGUUCUGUAGAUGCAAGAAGCAGAUCAAUAAUGUCAUGUAUAUCAUCAUUACCUUUGCCUAAUGGUGAAGCUUUAUCACAACCGGACCUAAGGAGUAAAAAUUAUCUUGAUAUUAAUGUUAGCCCUGCAAUGCACCCUUCAUUUCGUAGCAUAACUAAUGGAUCGAAAAAAAGAGAGGUAAGCGCGCAACCUUGUGGUAAAUGGCGACGCAUGUUGCGCGGGCCUUCAGUCGAUAAUGCAUUUACCAGCUUACGUACACGGUGGAAGAAACAGAAUGGACUGCACGUGAAUGAUAAUUCAGGGAAUAAUGUGAAAUGGCGAAGGAGUCCUGUAUCAGAUGCACGUGUCUCACUGCGUGCCGCGCGCAGCGCAUCGUUGAUUUCGUUUGUCACAAAAAGUGUGGAGGAAUUCCGUAACGGUGUUUUACGUAGUUGGCGUCACUGCGCACAGUCACGUGAUGAAUCAGUUAUGAACAGUUCUGGACAACAACGGCAUUCGUCAGCCACAGCAAUAGCAACGGAACUCGUUAGACGUCGAGGCUUGACUAGUUUUUUGGCAGCAGAUCAAAAUCCAUCAACAUCAUUUCCAUUCUGUUCCAGAGAUGAGUAUGCAGAUGAUGGUUUGAGUUCAUCGUCCGAUAGUUAUCGUUUCUUUGGUUUUUGCGAUAAUGAACCAUUGAUGGAUAGAAUAAGUUUGCACAGUUUGGAAAAAACACUGACGGAACAGAAUUGGUCCAAAGUAGAACCUGAUGUUUUACGGCUUCAUUUCCACUCAAACAUAGCAAUGGAAAGGCGAAGGGCAGAUACUGCUGUCAAUUCACGAUCUUCUUCUACAGAUGGAUGGUCGGAUUUUGCUAGAAGUAGUGGAAUUAGUAAAAGUAGUAGUAGCAGCACUAGUUCACAUCACAAUGACUGCAGUCGAUAUGAUAAUGUCUCGCCAGGAGGAGAUGAUAAAGAAGCACGAUACGUGGAAACACCGCUGUCAUUUUAUGAUUUACCGCAGAAAAAUAUCAGAUCUGUUCGUUCAAAUAUUCAGUUGUACUUUUUAUAA